AGGGACACACAAAAGGAAGAAGGCCUAGUGUUUAUAUAGACACAAAAUUUGCUGCCAUUGAAGAACUACCUUUCAUUUCUUCAAUGGCGGCCUUUCUCAAGGCAGCUCCCUUUCUCCUCCUCCUCUUCCCUCUCCUCUUCGUCUCCGCCCUCGCCCAGUUCGACACCGUCGGCGGGAACUAUGGCACUGGCUCCAACCCCCUCGACAACACCUUGAAGGAGAUCCUGGCUGAUCCUUCGACCGGGACGAACGACGCUGGUAAGCGAGAUGCCACCGACACGAACCCGGCCGUACCGGUCGAGACCAACCUGCCCGGGAUAACGUUCGAAGCCGGCCCGGAGGUGGUCGACGAAUCGAACAAGCGGGAUUUCAAGACGAAUUAUGGAGGGAUGUGGAAAUUGGUUGUUCAGAACUCCUUUGUCUCGGCUAUGCACAUGAUUUUGAUGCCAAACAAUAAGAUGAUCAUAUUUGAUGCAUCUGCAUUUCAUAUCUCACAAAUCAAGUUGCCCGGUGGAAAAUGUUUCCCUUUCACCACUGACCAGGGUGCAGUACUCCAAGAUUGUUGGGCUCAUGGCGUCGAGUACGAUAUCGCAUCCGGAAACCUAAGACCUCUCACGAUGUCUUCGGAUCCAUGGUGCUCGUCGGGAGGACUUGACAUAAACGGUAGAGUGGUUAACACCGGCGGAUGGAAGGACGGAACGAGAGCCGUCCGAUAUAUCGGUACAUGCGAGAACUGUGACUGGAAAGAGUAUCCAACGGCACUGGCUCGUCCACGGUGGUAUGCGACUCAGAUCACGAUGCCGGACGGCGGUUUCUUCUUAGUCGGCGGGCGGAGAUCUUUCAGUGUUGAAUUUGUUCCGGCGGAAGGAGCUUCUAAUGCUAGGGCUAUCAAAAUGCCUUUCUUGGAUGAGACCACUGAUUUAGACGAAAACAAUCUGUAUCCCUUCGUUCAUCUUUCCACCGACGGCAAUGUCUUCAUCUUCGCCAACAGCCGCUCCGUUCUAUUUGACCCUAAGGCUCACACCAUCCUCCAUGAGUAUCCCAUUUUGGACGGCGGUUCCCGAAACUACCCCGCUUCUGGAAUGUCCGCUCUUCUCCCUCUCAAGCUUUGCCUCGACAAUGCCGAAAAAAUUCCGGCCGAGGUGAUCGUGUGCGGUGGGGCGAGACCGGAAGCGUACCGAGCAGCGGAGAAGGGGAACUUCAUUUUAAUUUGAAUGGAUUGGAGACGAAGCUGGGCUACGGCAAGGACUGGAGUAUCCUUUUCCAUUUGAACGUCAGGGAGGGAGUGGAUCCCGAUAACGACAUUAGGGUUACGAUGUAUCCGCCGCCGUUCACGACGCACGGCUACUCCAUGAACCAGAGGCUUCUGGUUUUGGCCAUAAAGGGACUGGAAGCAACCGGGCCGAGGAUUUACAAAGUUACGGUGGCGACGCCGCCGUCUGCAAUCAUUGCGCCGCCGGGGUACUACCUUGCCUUCGUGGUGUAUCGCGGGGUUCCGAGCGUCGGAGUCUGGGUUACCAUUCAGUGAUUUAAUUUUAUUAUUUAAAUUUGAAUCAAUGUUGUUUGUUAUUGUUGCUUUAUUUUAUUUUAUUUCUUUUCUCGGCUGAGAUUAUAAUUCGGCUCCAUUUUGAAGAAAGAAAGUUUGGUGGUGGAUCACCGAUUAACUA